GCCCUCACCUCCUCCACUCCACUAGGCAGCAAAGGAAAAGUGCGAUGCUUCCAGCACCAACGGUCCAACCACCGACUCUUAUCCCCUCGAUUCUUCCUCUCCAGGCAUCCCCACCCCUCCUCCUACAGUGCUUUCCGGCGUGCAUUGCAUCGCUCUCGAUCAGUAGCUCUUGGCAGAUCGUGCGUCGAUCAGCCGUUGCCUCCACGGGCUAGGCCGUAAAGAAGAAUCCGGGAGAGAGCUGCAGCAAUGGCACUGCAGAUGCAGGCCCCGUCGCUGACGCGCGCGCCGGCGGGGAGCCCCGCGCGGCUCCGGUCGGCGUUCUGCGCGCCGCCGCUGCUUGUGCGGGUCCGGCUGCCAGCGCCGGGCAGGGCGAGGUCCGCGGCGGCGGCGCGGAUCACGAUGCGGUUCGGCCGCGUUGAGACGAAGCAGGCCUACAUCUGCCGGGACUGCGGGUACAUAUACAAGGACAAGACCCCGUUUGAGAAGCUGUCCGAUGACUACUACUGCCCUGUCUGUGCCGCUCCCAAGAGAAGAUUCAGGCCUUACGAACCACCGGUGGCCAAGAACGCCAACGCCACUGAUGCCCGGAAGGCGAGGAAGGAGCAGCUCAAAAAGGACGAGACCGUGGGGAAAGCUUUGCCUAUUGGUAUCGCAGUUGGAAUCGUUGCAUUGGCGGCCCUGUUCUUCUACCUGAACAGUGUCUACUAGAUGAAGACAAAAAAAGAAAGAAAGUGAAAAAGGGAAUGCUUCAUGUGAUGGAAAGAACUAAAGACUGUUUUACGGUUCUUUUUACCUCUGUAUACAUGGGUGGUCAUAUAGAUUAUAGAGCAUGUUUGGCUGGUCCAAAACUAGACAUACUAAAAUCUUGGAUGGCAUACUAUAAUAUUUUGACUUCUGUUCGGUUGUUUUU